GGCCGCUACGCCGUUGGUGCGCGCGACGCCGGGGGAGGGCGACUGGCAGUACAGCGGCACCCCAGACGCUCAGCGAUGGACGAGGAGAGCCGUCAUCCCCUCAGCUCUGACCCGACGCCGGUGCCUGGUGCCGACCUGUCGGAGCCGGGCCCCGUGUGGGAGAGCAUGGAGGCCAUGGUCGCGGCUUUGAGUGAACGACUGCAGAUAGUCGGUGCGCCGCUGCUGACCAACUCGGCCGAGCAGCAGCCGGCUGGGGCGGCCGGACCGCCUGCCGGCAGGUCGGCGUGACAGGCCUGCGCCAGCCAGUCCGGCGGCCACCAUGGCCCGCGCGAGCCGGGCGGACGAGCCAGACUCCGGCCACGCCGUGCCGAUCCUGGUGCCGGACGAGCGCGGCGCGCUGGUGCUGGACGAGGCGGCGCUGCGCUCAGUGCUGUUGCAAGACGAGGUGCGACACCUGCCCGUGGUGGUGGUGGCUAUUGCCGGCGCUUUCCGGCGCGGCAAGUCGUUCCUGCUCAGCCUGCUGCUGCGCUUCCUGGAGGCGGGCGGCGCGCCCGGCUGGCUCGGCGCCGACGACCGGCCGCUGAGUGGCUUCGCCUGGCGCGGCGGUCACCAGCGGCACACGGUCGGCAUCCACAUGUGGUCGCGGCCGACGUGCGUGAGCCUGCCCUCCGGCGAGCGCGUGGCCGUCGUGCUGAUGGACACGCAGGGCGCCUUUGAUGACCGCACCGAGGUCAGUGAGAACGCGGCCGUGUUCGCGCUCAGCGCACUCACCAGCUCGCUGCAUAUCUACAACGUGUCCAAGACGGUGGGCGCCGACGACCUGCAGCACCUGCAGCUGUUCGCGGAGUACGGCCGCGUAGCUUGCGAGGCGGGCGGCGGGCCGCCGUUCCAGCGCCUACUCCUACUGGUGCGCGACUGGCAGGCGCCCAGCGAGGCGGCCUACGGCCAAGCUGGCGGCCAGCUGGUGCUAUGCGAGGCGCUAGGCGAGGCGCCCGGCGCGCCCGACGAGCUGCGCAAGAUGCGCUGCCACGUGCGCCGGUCGUUCUCGGACGUCGAUUGCUUCCUGAUGCCAUACCCGGGAAAGCUGGUAGCCACGAGUCCGUCGUUCAAGGGUUGCCCGCGUGACAUCGACCGCGAGUUCCUGAGCAGCGUAGAUGAGCUGGCCGGGCUCAUCCUCAGUCCGGAGAAGCUGGUGAAGAAGCAGUCCGGCGGCCAGGUGCUGACGGCUGCUGAUCUGGUGACGCACUUUCAGGUGCUUCACGAGGUGUUCAAGAGCGGGCGGCUGCCGCAGCCGCGCAGUCUGAUAGAGACGAUGUCUGAGGCCAACCACCUGGCCGGCGUAUCGCGCGGCACCACGCUGUACGCCGAGGAGAUGCGCCAGCUCUGCCCCGAAAACUCGCCGCCCGUGGAGCAGGCCGACUUGGACCAAUACCACCGGAGGACCGUUGAAAAGGUGCUGGCAUGUUUUUACAGCCAGAAGAAAAUGUUAAGCACCGGCGCGGGUGCUUACAAGGAGAAGCUCAUGAGCGGCAUCGACGGAUGGAAAAAGCAGUUUUUCCAGGCGAACAAAAUAAAGAAGGAGCUAGCAGAGGGCCCGAGACGGACUGUGCUGCAACAGUGCGCUGGAUGACGCCAGAGAGACGUACAGGCUCAGCG